AUGAGUUUGCAGUGUGUUAUCGUGCUGCUUAUCGUUGUUGUGGGAGCCAAUUCGUGCUAUGGGAUCAAGGACAAAGCCGACCUCGUUUAUUCCAAUUCAAGAUUAACUCGUGAUAAAGUGGUCGCUCUGGCUACACCAAGAAGGCUUUUAAGGUCCACUGCAGCAAAGACGGUUGAAGCAAGCACUAACGACCAAAGCUAUGAAGAGAGGGCUCCAGUCCAGAUGGUCACGGGGAACAUGGCUAAAUUGGCGCUUUCAAUGAAAGUGAAUCCUGAAGUCUUUUACAAGCGUUUACGCUUUUCCAAGGCUGUCGGAAAGCUUGAUGAUAACCCAGAGUUCCUGGCGUGGCUCCAGUAUGUACUUAAGUACAGAGCUAAAACGGAUGAUGCAACAUUUCCGCUCGUCAGAUUGCUCGAUUUGCUACGAAACACAAGACCUGAUAGAGAUCUGGUGGAACUUUUUCAGUCUCUUCGACGAAUUGAGGGUAUGAUGAACACUGCUGACAAGAUGCAGAUAGAUCUAUUCGAACGAAGCCCCGACGUUCACAGGAUGAUGAACGAAAUGUGGUUGAAAUCCCGCGAAAGCCCCAGGGAUAUUUUCAGUAUAUUAGAGCUGAAUAAAGUUUGGAAAAACCAGAAUCUUAUUCAGUGGCUCAGAUACACUGAGAUGUACAGGAACGAGCUGGGUGUCGAUUCGUUUUCCGUUUUUCAAACGAACCAACUCCUGUUGGAGCAUACGUCGCUAGCGCGGUUGGUAGUACGUCUUGAAUCGAUUAAGAAAACCCCGGACCUGGAGAUGCUCGCUGAAAGCAUGCAGAGUCAGCUGCUUCAGCGCAUGAAAAUCACACCUCGAGAACUCCUCACACAACAUUUGACGGUUGCAUCAUUACCUCCGAAGAAUGACCCGCGUUACAAAGUUUUGGAAAGAUAUGCGCUGUUAUAUGCUGCACGACGUGGCGGUGGGCAGGCCACGAUGGAGCAAGUAAAAGCGUUAUUCGCCAGGGGUGAAAUUUUUGCCGCCCUCAACGCUGCUGAGAUGGUUUAA